AUGAGAGCUCGAGUUUUUAUUGAAAACACAUUUUCAAGGCUGAAAAAUCGAUGGCGACGUCUGCACAAGGAUAGAGUUUUGCACUACAAGCCCGUAAAAUGUGCACACAUUAGUUUAGCAUGCUCUGUGUUACAUAAUAUAAUUAUUAAUUUUGGUGUUGAGGAUAUAGAGGAAAAUAUAGGUCUGCAAUUUGAAAGGAGAAUGGUGGAAUCUGAUCAAAUAAGUUACACAGUAAGAGAAGCUACCUCUGAUUUAAUUAGAGGUAGAAUAAGAGAUCAAUUAGCAAGAAGGCUACUAUAG